AUGCAAGUCGUCCUCCUCCUUCUCGCAGCUGCAGGGCUCUGCUGGGGGCAGUACAACCCCAACACUUUCCCAAAGAGAACAUCUAUUGUGCAUCUCUUUGAAUGGCGCUGGCAGGAUAUUGCUCAGGAGUGUGAACGCUACUUAGCUCCUAAUGGAUUUGGAGGUGUUCAGGUUUCACCUCCAAAUGAAAACAUCGUUAUUACUAACCCAAACAGACCCUGGUGGGAAAGAUACCAGCCCAUUAGCUACAAGCUCUGCACUCGAUCAGGAAAUGAAGAGGAAUUCAGAGACAUGGUGACCAGAUGCAACAAUGUUGGAGUUCGUAUCUAUGUGGAUGCUGUCGUCAACCAUAUGUGUGGGGCUGCAGGUGGUUCAGGCACACAUUCUACCUGUGGAAGCUAUUUUAAUGCUGGAAACAGAGAUUUUCCAGCUGUACCAUACUCUGGCUGGGAUUUCAAUGAUGGCAAAUGUCACUCUGCAAGUGGAGAAAUUGAAAACUAUGGUGAUAUAUAUCAGGUCCGGGACUGCCGCUUGUCCAGCCUCCUGGAUCUGGCCCUGGAGAAGGACUAUGUGCGCUCAAAGGUUGCAGAGUACCUGAACCAUCUCAUUGAAAUUGGUGUAGCAGGAUUCCGAAUUGAUGCUGCCAAGCACAUGUGGCCUGGGGACAUAAGAGCAUUUCUGGACAAACUGAAUAAUCUAAAUACUCAAUGGUUUCCUGAAGGAACUAAACCUUUCAUAUACCAGGAGGUAAUUGACUUGGGUGGAGAGCCCAUCAAAAGCAGCGAAUAUUUUGGAAAUGGCCGAGUGACAGAAUUCAAAUACGGUGCCAAGCUGGGGACAGUGAUCCGCAAGUGGAGUGGAGAAAAGAUGGCCUACUUAAAGAACUGGGGAGAAGGCUGGGGCUUUGUGCCUUCCGACAGAGCCCUGGUCUUUGUGGAUAACCACGACAACCAGAGAGGACACGGGGCUGGUGGAGCUUCUAUUCUAACCUUCUGGGAUGCCAGGCUCUAUAAAAUGGCGUCUGGUUUCAUGCUUGCCCACCCAUACGGGUUCACACGUGUGAUGUCAAGUUUCCGCUGGCCAAGAUAUUUUGAAAAUGGAAAGGAUAUCAAUGACUGGGUUGGGCCCCCAAGUAACGCGGAUGGCUCCACAAAGCCUGUUACAAUCAACGAGGACACGACCUGCGGCAACGACUGGGUUUGUGAACAUCGCUGGCGUCAAAUCAGGAACAUGGUUAUCUUCCGUAACGUGGUGGAUGGUGAGCCUUUCUCCAACUGGUGGGACAAUGGCAGCAAUCAAGUGGCUUUUGGCCGUGGUAAUAAAGGCUUCAUCAUCUUCAAUAAUGAUGACUGGAAUAUGAAUGUCUAUGUGCAAACUGGACUGCCUGCUGGUACCUAUUGUGAUGUUAUUUCCGGACAAAAGGAAGACAACAAAUGUACUGGAAAGCAGGUGUUUGUUUCUGGUGAUGGAAUGGCUAAUUUCCAGAUUAAUACUGAUGCUGAAGAUCCAUUUAUUGCAAUCCAUGUUGAUGCAAAAUUAUAAUUUGGGAGAAAUAUCCUCCUCUGUUUGGUCUGUUAUGUUUCUCCUAUAUGUUAUUCCCUGGUUUUUGAGAAUGAGCAACUCUCUA